GACCGGGACCAGCAUCGGGACCAUCCCCUUUUGGUCCCCGGGGGGCUUCUCCCCUCCGCCGGGGGUGUCGGUGGGGACGGGCGAGCAGCGAGCCCAGCUGCAGGGAGCCCACCCCGGGCUGGCCCCGGUCCCCGGUGCUGCCCCGGAGCCCGGUGGGGCCCGGUGGGGCCCGGUGGGACCCGGGGCCGUGCUCGGAGCCCUGGGCCAGGAGCUGGGAUGCGCUGCUGGGUGCCCCGCUCACCCCUCGCAGAGCCUGGGGUUCUCCCUGUCGGUUCUGCGGGAGAUGGGCCCAGGCUCAGCGGCUGAUGGUGCAUGGAAGGUGCUGGAAGAUGCUGGAAGCUGCUGGAAGCUGCUGGAAGCUGCCCGCAUGCAGAGCCCCUCGCUGUCGGGUGCACGGCGGUGGCAGCGCCGCAUCGAGCCCCGCACCCCCUACAAGCGCGGUGCAGUUCACCUCGGAGCCCUGAGAGGCAACAAGGCAGUGACACUCAGCAGAUGGGAGCUGGAGCAGCCGCAGGGGGGGUGCAAUCCCUUCUCAUAUCAAAGGCAACCACGGUUCCUCCUCACCGCAGCCGGCGUGUGCAGGGGUGUGCGCUGUGUGUCAAGGCACUUAAUGGGCCAGGUGCACUCGAUAAAAGCGCACCAGGCACUGCAGCAAACUUCCCUCACCCACUUCUGAAGCAAGACGACGCCGUGAACCAAGGAGCGAGUGGGCGGGCGGCUUUCUUGAUACAUCUCCCGUGCAACUCGGUAAACAGGGAUAGGCCCGCGCUCCAGUUUGCUUAGACAACAAGGCGAAUAAUAAUUAAAAAGGGCAAUUUGGGAGCAAACUCAACGUGCUGCUUGGCUUUGCCAUCCUGUAACGCCUUAACUAGGGGCCGUGGGGCUUCGUGGGACGCUGCUGCUGCAUCUUGUAGCCAGCGGGAAGGAGUCCAUGCUCUGUGCCUCUGCUCUUCUGUCUCCUUUAAAAGGCAGAUUUAAUAUUAAUCCCUUCAGGAAUUUUUUCUUGAGAGGAAAACAGGAUAUUGUUUCAGGAUAUUGGGCAACAAAGCUGCCCUUGAAAAGCAACUAUAAGCAGCCUUGCAGUCCUUACUACUGGCUGCAUUUGUUGUUAAUCGAGUUGAAAAUUGGGUACAGCCAAGCCCUUUUACUUCCAGAAUGAGUGAGAGGUCACAGCAGAGUAAUUCAAGUUCAGGUUUCUGUAUCCCAUUGUAAACACUAAGGACUUGUAGUAAUCUUAAAAUAUAAUCACUAGCUUUGGUUUCCAUUGGAAUUAAUGUCUCCAACAGGUGUAAAAGGCUAUCCCCCUCAUCUGCCAUGAAUACGUGUGUCCUGCUUGAUAAGAGAGAUAACAAACAGGAGUCCAAAUCCAGGAAUUAUUGGAAAUCUCUUGGGAAAGCCUGUUCUUUCGAGAUAUCCAUCCUAGUUUCCUGACUAGGCUUUGGAAAAAGGUUUUCUGAACUUUUGGGUUCGCAUUUAACUUUAACUGAGCUUCCAGGCCCUGAGUUCACCCAUCCUCACGACCCUGUGACAAUGGCUGUGGAAGAGAAGGCGUCGGAGCACCGUCCCUGGGGAGCGCGGGGGGUCUGCCUCCGUCGGAUGACAAAGGCAUGACAUUGUUCAGGGGCGUGUAACAGCUUCCGUCAUUGUUUAGACAAUAAUAUGUCUUGGGAAGAAAUUGUUUGUUGUUAAAGUGUUUUAAAUGGCCACUAAUAAUCAAUAGAAAACCUUUGCAAAUGUGGUCUUCUGUACGCUCACAGACAACCUGCGCCAGGGCUCGGUCACCCUCCGAGUGAAGGAGCUUCUCCUCCAGCUCCUGUGGAACUGGGCUGCUCCCAGGCUCACAAACACGUCCUCCCUUGGGAAGCAAACGGAGGAUUAACAGGAUUGUGUUCUGCAAAGUGCUCCCGAGGCCAGGUGCUAAUGACUGCUUCAGAGAGAGCUGCCCCAGCGGGAUGGGAGUUGAGGUUUUUCUCACCCUCCCUCAGCAUAUUAAUUGCACCCGUAAGUGUUAACGAUGGCAGCAGAAUGAAUUCCUUACAAAGGUGAGUUGCAGGGGAAUGUGGUGAGACAAAGACAUUAAUUUGGGCUUCAGAUGAUGUGUGGCAGCAGGCAGGAUGGCCUCACGGAGUGUCUCCCAGGGCAGCCCUGCAGCUGAGCCCGACGCCGCGCACCCCUGGGUCCUCGUGGCCAGGAGCAGGGCGCUUGCCCAGAAGCAAGGGGUCCUUGGCCACGUGGAGACCACACAGCAAGCCUUAAGGGAUGCCACAUGCACACCUUGGUCCUGCCUCGACCCUCACCCUGUGCCUUUUCCUCGUUCCCUGAGGUGGGCACGCUCUGGUUCGUCUCCUCAGGGUGCUGCUAGUGCGGAGCAUAGCAGCCCGUUGCCUUUUGCCAAGAAGCUUAUCUGGCACAAGAAAUGGUAUCUCUGUUCCUCCUUCCUUGCUGUCCUUAGCCGGGGGAAGGUGCUGGUGCUCAAUGUACUUUCAGUGCUGACUCCUGCUCCGUGGGGACUCGGGAGGUCUCUGCUUGCUCCUCCAGGAACGUGGGGGCUGCCGUCCUUCCCUGCAGAUUGCUGCCCCAUAUGUUCCCGGCACAGCAGCUCGUUCCCUCCAGGCUCCCCGUGCUCGCCUCCCGAGUGCUGGCUGCCUGACAGCACAUCUCGGCACUGCCAGGUCUGCCGCUCGCGUGUUCUCCCUGGGGAGAGCACAGGGCAGCCCCCCGCCUGCGGGCUGGCUGGCAGGGGUCAGUGCCUCCACACCUUAGGGGCCGAAGCUUUCCCUGGCGAGGAGCAGCUCAGAGCUGUGCCUCGAGGCAAAUCUCACCCUGGCUGUGUCCUGGGGUGGGACGGCACCGGGAUGGUGCAGGGCAUGAAGACCCCGUCCUCAUCCUCAGGGGGCUGCGGGCAGCGGAGCACCCCACCCACUGCCCUCCUCGCACUGGGGUCAGCGCCCUCGGGGACACCCAGACCAGCCCAACCGGCCACGGGAUCCCGUUCUGUGACAUUUCACCAGCCGCUGGGAUGAUUUUCCUUGCAGAGCUCUUGGGCAGCCCUAGGGUCGCCGAGGGAGGAGGCAGGGGUGGGCGUACGGUGGGCGUACUUCUCACCGUGUGCAGCCCUCCCGCGGGAGCGCUGCUGUCCCAGAACAUGCUGUUUUAAUGACUCUAUUCCUGUUCUCGGGGUGGGGAGGAAAAGGUGGGGGCUCUGCAAAUAAUUUAACCAUAUUCCAGAUCAAAUAACUUCAUGGGUCAAUAGCACUGCCUCCCCUGCAUUGUACUCUCCCUCGUAUCCCCGUCCAGAGAGCCCGUUUCAGCCUUGGGUGGCCCACAGCUGUCGGAUGCUGGUGGCAUCCAUUGCCACGUCCCUGAUCUUCGAUCUGACUGCAGCUCUGCUCCCUCUCCACGCAAGGCACCACCAGGGUCAGCUUCCACCGCCUGCACAUUUAGUGACUGGGCUGCUCCUGGGCAAGUUCGGUUAUUCAUGCGAUGAUCUCAGGAUAGUCUCAGCAAGAGAAAAUCUGGAGCUCCAGGCUGCUCUCCAGCUCCAGUCAUGCACUGCAGCAGCUGUUUCCUUGGGAUGUUGCACAACACACUAUUGCUCUGUGCAGUACUCAGUAUUUUUGGUUCUACAUCAUCCUGGGGGAGCUUAGCACGCUCUCAGAGGUGUGAAACAGCCUCCCUGCAGGCACAGCUUGGCUGACUCAGGACACAGAGAAGUCUCUUGUCCUCUGUGGGUGCACUGGUCCCACCUCACAGCUGCCCAGGGCUGCACUGGGGGCAGGCAUUGCUGCUGCCCCAGCUGACCGCCAGUGCCAGCGCGGGGAGCGGGCAGCAGAGCACUGAGCUUCUCCUCCUCCCAUGCCCUCGCUUGCUCUGUGCUUUGGCAUUUGCAUGUGUUGACUGCAAGGCCAGGCUGCGGGGCCAGCAGGUGCCUUCCAGGGGAAGCUGCAGCAGAGGGUGAGCGCUGCCUGGGUUCACAUCACAGCUGUGGCUGUGAAAUGCCCAAGUCCCAAACUCCACCAACAGCAGCAGCCA